UACAAAAUGAGGUUGCACCAGCAUUCUUCCAUAGAACCAAAAUUCACUUGUAAGAAAAAAAUGAGGUCCCUAAUGGCGUCUGUUUAUCUCAUUCUGGCAUUAGCCAUGCUCUUUCUCACUUUCCCAUCUGAAAUUUCAGCAACCCGCUACUCUUAUUCCUCACCACCACCACCGGUCUACUCACCACCACCACCAAAGGAUCCAUACCAUUACUCAUCUCCUCCAUCUCCACCAGUUCACACCUACCCUCCUCAUCCACACCCAGUCCACUCUCCACCACCACAAACACCACCACCUCCACCACCACCACCACCACCAGUUCACACCUACCCUCACCCACACCCAGUCUAUCACUCUCCUCCACCACCAACACCACACAAGAAACCUUACAAGCACCAUUCUCCUCCACCACCAACACCACACAAGAAACCUUACAAGCACCUAUCUCCUCCACCACCACCAGUGCACACCUACCCUCACCCACAUCCAAUCUACCACUCUCCUCCACCACCAACACCACACAAGAAGCCUUACAAGUACCCAUCUCCUCCGCCGCCACCACCCGUUCAUACCAACCCCCCUCACCCUCACCCGGUCUACCACUCUCCACCACCAUCAGUUCAUACCUACCCUCCUCAUGCUCCCCAACCAGCUUACCAUUCUCUUCCUCCUCCAGUUCAUUCUCCACCUCCACCACAUUAUUACUACAAAUCACCUCCUCCACCUCACCACUACUAGAAGCCUAUAAUUGGCAUCAUUCCAUGUGGAUCUAAACAUAGAGUUUGAAUGCAAAGAAAGCCAUGCCCAAAAAAGAUUGAAAGGAUUCUUCACAUAUAUUUCAUCAAUGACUCAGCAUUUGAUCAACAUUGUUUAGAGGGCAGCAUUUAUUUUGUUUAGUUUGUGUUUUCUGUUUUAUUAGCCACAGCUGUAAGGCGCUGCCCCAGUAUCCAUGUGUCUGCAGUGGUUUGAAUUAUUGUAUGCAUUGUGAUUUUCAAAUUUCGUUUUGUAUUAAGGUGACUGAUAUGCUAAAUAAAUAUAUAUAUCCCUCUAUUAUUGUAAAUUUGUAAUUUGUCCCUUGCAUCUAUGGCUCCUUUUAUAUUAUUCUAGUGAUAGUAACAAUAAUUUU